AUGGCAGACUUGGGCUCCGAAGAAGAAGAGCAACGAAACUGGAGAGGUAUUUGUAUAGCCUUACUCGUCAUUGCAACCGUCUGUUCCCUCAUCAUCACCUCCGUGGUCCUGCUCUCGCCGGGUCCUGAAGAGCCAAGAGUAAAAAAUCCAAGAUUUACGUUAGAAGAAAUUAUUAAUGGAGAAUACGAACCUAGGUUAUUCAAUGGAUCUUGGAUAUCUGAUGUUGAAGUGACCUUCCGUGAUCCUGAUGGUGCCAUUGUGAUUUACAAUGCCAAGACACACGAAAAAACAAUCAUUGUUAAUAAUGUUACUUUGCCUGUUUUAAAGAGUGAGACCGAUCAAGUAGUUCUCAGGACAAUUGCUCUGGAGACGAUCUACACUAAAUACCCCGAAAGUGAAUGGAUACAUAUAUAUACCGAUGGGUCAAGAGUAGCAGACCAUAUAAAUGCAGGUGCUGGCGUCUACAGUGAGCACUUUUCUUUUUCUAUUCCUGUUGGUAAAUAUGCCUCUGCAUUCGAUGGAGAGAAACCGCUCAAUAUACAGUCCUUUAGCAUAUCGCCCGAUCGCAAAUAUGUUCUUAUAUCCCAUGAUCAUGAACAGGUAUUUAAACAUUCUUUCACCGCGAAGUACAAAGUUUUCAUUGUUGAAACCGAGCAAAUGCAGCCUUUUUUGCCUGAUAUGCCCAAUGCCGUUUUUCAAUACGUUACGUGGGGAAGUAAAGGGAGCCAGAUGGCCUAUGUGUACAGAAAUAAUAUAUAUUUUCUGCCAUCAUAUGGGGACGGAAUCAAGCCAACAGCGUUGACCCAGUCUGGGGAAGAAGGGGUUAUAUUCAACGGUCUACCAGACUGGGUAUAUGAAGCUGAAGUGUUCCACAGUAAUAAAGCUCUGUGGUGGUGCCCAGACGGUUCAAAGCUUGCGUAUGCCGUGUUCAACGACACUCAAGUUGAUGUCAUGACUUAUCCUUGGUAUGGUUCUUAUGAAGACAGUACGAAUGUAUACCCACAGACAAUCAGGCUCAGGUAUCCUAAGCCAGGAACUGUGAAUCCCAAAGCUAGCUUGUGGGUUGCAGAUUUUAGCCAGUCACUACCAGUAACAGAAGAAGUGAUGCCACCUCCAGAAAUAAAAGAUCAGGAUUAUUAUCUAACAGAAGUACAGUGGAUUGAUGAAAAUCGUCUGCUUGCUAUGUGGCUUCGAAGAGCACAAAAUUCUUCCAUCGUCAGCAUUUGUAACAUCGCAGAUAGUGGAUGGAUGUGUCACAAGCACAUGCAAGAGGAUACGAGCUAUGGCUGGGUCGACAUGUACGAAGCUCCGGUGUUUUCUAACAACAAGCGCUACUACUUCCUGCGGUUGCCCGUAGCCGACGGAAAAGCGGGAAGAUUCCGACAUAUUGCUUCAUUUGAUUUUAACACUGCACGCAAGGACUUCCUGACCCACGGCAGCUACGACACUACCGCCAUCUUGGCCUAUCUAGAAGAGGAGCAUGCUGUAUAUUACAUGACGACUCUGCUCGGCAAACCGGAAGAGAGGCACUUGUAUUCAGUGACGGAUCUCGCUUCAUCACAGCCACGAAAACAAAAAUGCCUUACCUGUGAUCUGGACGAGAACUGCCUGUACUUUAAUGCCUUAUUCAGCCACGACGCGCACUAUUUUGUACUGGAGUGCUUAGGUCCCAACGUACCCCGCGUAGAACUAAGAGAAACUCUCACCAAUCAGCUCAUUGAAGUUUUAGACACUAACAGCGAUUUAGUUGAAGCCUUAGAUAACAGAGCCCUACCUCAAAUCGAGACUUUCAAAGUGCCUUUAAAAGGAGGGUAUGAAGCCAGUGUUCGCUUGUACUUGCCUCCGCCUUUACGUGAAAACGAAAUAAUUAAAUAUCCGUUAAUAGUUCAUGUUUGUGGAAGCCCUGGUACCCAACUAGUGACAGAAAAGUUCCAGAUUCAUUGGGGUAGUUACCUUGCCAGUCACAAAAAUUACAUAUAUGCUCAUAUAGAUGGAAGAGGCAGUGGUUUCCAAGGUGACAAAAGGAUACAUGAAACGUUCCGACAGCUUGGAAAUGUCGAAGUUGAAGACCAACUUGCCGUAGCCAGCUACUUGGUUUUAAACAAACUCUACGUUGACGGAGAAAAGGUCGCUCUGUGGGGUUGGUCAUAUGGAGGCUAUAUGUCAGUUUCAGCCCUCGCCACGCCAGAUGAAACAUUUUCUUGUGGAAUUUCUGUUGCACCCAUCACUAACUGGCUAUAUUAUGAUUCAGUAUAUUCAGAAAGAUACAUGCAAAGUCCAAAACCCGAGGACAAUUACAUUGGAUAUGAAAAAUCAGAUGUUUCAAUAAAAGCAGAGCACAUUCGAGGGAAAAAGUUCCUAUUAAUACACGGAACUGCUGAUGAUGAUGUUCAUCUACAGCACUCCAUGAUGCUAAUAAAAGCCCUAACGAACGCUGGAGUUUUGUUCAGAACACAGAUUUAUCCUGACGAAAAGAACUCUUUAGUGAAUGUAAAAAUGCACCUGCACCAGACUAUGGAAGACUUUUUAGAAUACACAUGUUUCAAAGCACAAGAUAAGUCGACGGAAGCGACGAAUGGCAGAUAGUUACUUAUGAAAGUGCUUACUUCACUUCACUUCUCUUCCUUCAUGCCUUGGGGGCCCCCACGCUCAGUCUAGUGAGACACAAUCCAAUGUAAGGGCAGUGCGGCCAAACGAUCUCGAGCCAAAAUGGCUUUUUAAAGUCAAGAACUAUGUCAUUGUACCUUAUAUCACUUAUAAACAUUCUGUUGACGACACAGUUCUAAAUUUACACCAAUUGAUUGAUUAUACGACAGUAUUCUAAGGUCAAUAUGGCCCUAAUGUGUUGAUAUUUGAUAUUAAUUUCAUGCAGACUCUAAACUCAUAAAUAUUUAUUCCUCCAUGAUUUAAGUUUAAAAUGAAUGUUUUUGUAUGCUAAGUCAUGCCUAGGGUUUCCAAUCCCAAAAUUCCGAUCCCAAAUCCC